GUUAAAAGUGCACAACAGUUUACAACAAAUAGUUUUAUCAUCAAAAUUAUGUUCGAAUCCACAACUGCCUUCUUGCUAUGGCUUAUCUUAUCGACAGAUAUUUAUCUUAACGUUCGUUGACAAGAUAAUGGUUAUCAGCAGUUCUUGGGCGAUAUGGUUUGCGACGCAGUCGUGCGUAGUAUUGCAAAUUCAUCGGAUAAUAAGUAAUGUUUCCGAGCAUAUGGCUGCUUCAAUAGUUUACGACGAUUUGUGAUUUUGCAAACAUAAAGUGCUCAGUUUGGGAACCGACCAAUGAGUAUAGACACUCUAGAAUCCAGCUCUGCUAGCCCAUAUGCACACGGUAAGCAUUGGCGUCGCCGUUGGGAUGUCCCUACCAUGGACAACAAUAAUGCUAAUCGUUUUUCCCACCCGAUGACCAUCGUUAAUUACAAUCGACAGGAAUCAAUGGAACUGUUCGCGGCCCCUGGGAGCCCAUACCACAUUCGGAAACCCGUUGCGAUCGAUCGAAAUGAGCGCAGCCGAAUAUGGGUAGAGCAACAACAGCAACAGAACAAACAUAAUCACAACGUAGAAUGGAAAAGUAGUCAAGAAUCCGGUCUUGAUCUGGACCGCCCGCAUAUAGCGAACCUUGCCUCGGAAAAUGCACAUCGACAUCAUCAUCACCUUGGCGAUCGAAAGUUCCACGACGAGGCAGACGAACCUAUCCCAUUUAACCAGGCGGAAGACGAACCGCUUCAAUUUCCUAUUAUACUGCAAAGUGCUCGAAAUAUGCAGCAGAUACGGCAGCGGCUAAGACGGGAUCCUGAGCACCAGGGAACACGUGCUAUUCGGUCGACACGAGUUAUUAAUAAGGCCGGCGAGCGAAACGUACUAUUUUUACAUCUACCGCAGAAGUCGGUUCGCUUUGUGAAGGAUCUUGUCACGACACUGGUAGAGGAGCAAUGGCGAUACACUUUAACCGUUUUCGCGUUAAGUUUUUUCUGCAGUUGGAUCCUUUUCGCCAUUCUGUGGUAUCUGAUUGCCUACGCGCAUGGUGAUUUAGACUUCGACCCUGAAACGGGCGAACGUUUGGGAGAUGGAGCUCUUCCGUGUGUCGAGGGUGCAACCUCGUUUGCUGCUUUUCUGCUCUUUAGCAUAGAAACACAGGUUUCCACCGGAUAUGGCGCAAAAACGCCCACUGAGGAAUGUCCGGAAGCGUUGUUUUUGUUAAUCGUGCAGAUCAUAGUUGGAGUAGUGAUAGACGCAUCGAUGGUCGGAAUUGUCUACGCAAAGAUGGUACGGCCUCCGAAAAAGAUAUCUGAUAUGAAAUUCAGCAGAAAAGCGGUCAUUUGUCAAAGAGACGGGAAGCUGUGCUUCAUCUUUCGGUUGUGUGAUCUGAAGCAGCAACAUGCAAUUGAAACUAAAAUCUCCGCCGUUAUGCUAGAGCAGCGUCGUUCACUGGAGGGGGAACUUAUCGAGAAACACGAGUCCUACAUGAAGUUGGAGAAUGGAGGCCGAAUACUGCUGAUGUGGCCUGUAACAGUUUGUCACGUCAUCGAUAGUGAGAGUCCGAUGUUUGAUAUCUCAGCCAAAGAUUUACUGCAGAAAAGGUUCGAAAUAGUAGUAACAUUGAGUGGUGGAACUAUGACCACCGGUCAAGUGAAUGAAGCUAGAACCUCCUAUCUACCAGGAGAAAUUCAUUGGGGUCAUCGGUUUCCAAACAUCAUUCAUUACGACAGAAUGCACGAACAUUAUGUUGCUGCUAAUGAACAAAUGGAUGUUAUUGAACCUGUAGACACACCACUCUGUAGCGCCCGAAGGUUAGAGGAAGUUUUGAACGAAGUGCAGCAAUUUUUGGAGCACGACCGACAAAGGGAGUUUGAUGGCUUAGAAUGUCGAUCGAUUAACGAAGAAAAUGUAAAUGAGGAUAGUGACUACGAUGGUGGUCUGCAAAUGAAACAAAUCAAAUUAACUGGAAAGCAAAAGGAAGAUAUCUCGAAUCAAAUUGAUGGUGACGUCAUCUUGGAAGAUGCUUCAGAAAACCGUGAUAAAUGUGUACUAAAUUUAAAAGAACUCGAAAAGUCAAGUGAAUGCUGAACGAGUGAACGAGUGAUAUCAAUUUGUAUUUGUGAAUGAUAAACUUACCCCUACCCCAUAUUCGUAAAAAUGAAUAUUAGAAUUUUAUACACUAAUUAGUGAAAAAAAUCAAAUACAUUGUUUCAAACAAUGUAUUUUUUUAAUGAAUUCAUAUACGAAAACACAAUAAAUGAACUCAUGAAUAUCUAAUA